AACAGUUCGCUCAUUGCUAGAAAACUGAACACUCGUUGGUUUUGUAGACAGAACGAGACAAUACAAUUGAUUUCUAAACAAUUUCUUAUUAUUAUUGCAAUUUUAUAUCAAUUUUGAGGUUAUAAUUUGUAAACGCAAAGCGCGGGAAGAGUCUCAGUCAUAAAGUAUUUGUUUAUUUUUUUCUAAGACAAAGGCAUUGUGUUGUACAGUUCGGUGUUUACAGUGAAACGUGCUUCAAUUCAAAAGUUACAAUGCCUUCUGAAGUAAUCUCGGAGAAGUCCCUCCAGAGGGAGCUAGCUGACUCCAUCAUUCGUAUGGUACCUCUUGACGAAAUACGAAUACUACUGGCUUGUGGGGCUAAGGUAAACGAGCCAGUUACUCAAGGACUCCGGCCGCUGCAUUACGCCAUCUGGCAGCGAUACCUGGAGGCCACCAGGCUGUUACUGGUCAGGGGGUGUGACGUCAACGCCAGGGAUGACUGUGGGUAUAGCGCUCUCCAUCUGUCUGCUGAACACGGUUACACAGAACUGGUCAAGUUGCUGCUGGAGAGUGGCGCUGCUGUGGAUUACAGGCCUGACACUGGCGAGGAGUUUCCGAGGACUACGCUGUGCGAUGAACCUCUGAGAUUGGCUAUUAGGAACAAACAUUAUGAAGUGGCUCGUCUUCUGCUCGAGCAUGGUGCGGACCCCAACAAGCGGUACUUCUUCGGCUCCGAGAUCAACCUGGUUUCCGACCCUGAGUACUUAGAGCUGCUGCUCACAUUUGGAGCCAAUCCUGACUCAAGGGAUCGAGCUGGUCUAACCCCGCUUAUGAAGGCAGCUAGACAACGAAAGGGUAUGGAUGCAGUUCUGCUGCUGAUCAGCUACGGUGCUGAUGUGAACGCGAUGGCGGAUGCCAGGAACGACUACCGGACUGUGAUGCAUUAUGCUGUACUUAGCGGUAGCACAGAGGUAGUGAACCUGAUGAUAAAGCAAGGCGCCCGCGUCAACUACGAAUGUCCAGAACUGAGCAAGCCCAGUCCCCUAGACCUGGCCAUCUUGAAGGGAGACGUCCCAAUGGUGCAGAUGCUGUUAGCAGCUGGUGCCCAGGUGAAUGCGUCGAGUUCAGUGAUCGGGUCUCCACUGCACGUGGCCUGCUCCGAUAACAUCUCCUGCCGGGAUGAAAUAGUUAAAAUCCUUCUAGAAAGUGGAGCCGACCCUAACCUCAAGGUUUACAACGAUGAAGACGCGACGCAGCUGCGGCCAGCUCUUGCUGAGUACUUGGCCAGCAAUCCGGAGCCCAGCGCGGAGAUUGUAGCCAUGCUGCUCAGAUAUGGAGCCAGGGUCAUCAUGAAAACUCAAUUUCGCGAUCCGGACGGCAUCCUCAACCAUCUCCAGAACGUCACCGCUGAACAAUACCAGCACAUCUUCUAUCUUCUUCUAGAGGCAACAGAAGCUUUCGAUCUGUGCAUGAUAAAAAGAAAUAGCGUCUUAACUCCUACUCAAAAACAGGCCUUAACUCAACGUGCUAUGUUACCAAUUCCCUUAAUUGCACAAUGUAGAGUAUUUCUUCGUAAAUAUUUUAGUACUUCUCUAAUCGAUGUUGUUGAUAAAUUGGAAGUACCUAAAACUUUACACCGUUAUCUUCUGUUCGAAUGCAGUUAAGAAUUUUCUUCAAACAUAACGGAUUCAUCAAUUAUUGGCAGAAUGUACGUAGUUCCUUUGCUUCGGCAAUAAAAAAAGGAAAACAGACUAGUGUUGCUAGUCCCAAAUGAUUUACCCUAUUUAUGGAAAAUCAGUGGACUAAGGAUUGGUAUAAGUAUUUUAUAAUCUGGCAUGUAACUUUUCGUGUAAAUUCGGCUGGAGACAUUAUAUAUACCCCGGCCGAUGUUUAUGUUAUCUUAGAAGGUAUUUGAAAGAUGUAGAAUCAAUUGUACUGAAGUUUAUAUUUAGUAAGUCGAUGAGAAAACCUGGUCUCAAUAUAUUAUAUAUAAAACGAACUAUAUUUAGUAUUUUAGUUUAUAAUUAAGUAUAAUGCAUAUUCUUUAACUAUUAAGCUAGCAUUAUCCCUCUUCUAGCGAGAGAUUUAUUCUCAGUGAUAGGUUUAUUUGUUAAGAUAAUGAUGAAUACAUUAUAUUGUCAUUAACAUGUAGCAUUUUCUGAUGUAAUAAAAUAUAGUAAAAGAAAUAAAAAUAGAGAUUAGACAAACUAUUCCUUAACUAUAUCUCAAAUAGAGAUAUCUUAUGAAUAUUAUGUUUAUUAUUAGUCGACAAUUUCAAAUUGUCUAAAAGAUUAUUAUAAAAAAAAUAUAGAAAAGAUAUUUUUAUUGUUUUACUAAUUUCCAAUCAAUUGAAACUAAAUUUAAUUUUAUCCAAGGCGGAAUUUUAUUUCUAUUAUGUGUAUAACUUAUCUAAGCCUCAAUAUCUAUUUUCCCGUCAAAUGAUUUGCUUCCUCAGUGUUUGAAAUUAAAGGGAAGGAGUCUUGGACUUCAUAUUUGAUAUAAUUUACAAUAUCAUGGAUUCUGUUUCUGAGCAGGUAUCGUUGUCCUAAAUUGUUUAAUUAAUAUAACCCCUGUAGCCUACCGGUAGUAGGUAGUGAGGUUUGGUGUUCGACAUUCGGUCAGACCAAAUAAGAUUUUUUAAUUUGGCUAUUGUUUUCUUCUUUGAAAUACAGUUUGAAACAGGCAGCUUUAAAUUACGUUAAAACUUACUCGUAUUUAAAACAAGAAAUAUAAGCAACUGUGUCAUAAAUUCUGGGUUAUUUUACAUCCUAAUAUUCGGAUAUUUAGUUUGAUACACACGGUAUACUAGCAUCAAGCAAUAGUUCUGAUCGUGUGACGUUUAUGAUUAUAAAAAUAUUAUGUCGCAUCUUGUAUUACUUUGAUAUUGCUUGAAAACUAUGUGAUACGUUGUGAUAUAUUUAUAGUAUUAAGUGUUGUUUGUACGGUGAUUCCUCAUGGAGAUAUAUUAUAAUAACCAUGAGACCGUAUUUUGUAAUCCAAAUAAAUGU